AUGUCAAGUUUUCACUCUUCACAGUUCACUAAGUUCACACUCAUGAAAAAGAGGCUGGAUGAGAUAUGUCUUGAAAGAUUCCAGCAAUGCAGUCGAAAUUUCAUUCAGUCCUGGAUUUUACAAGGCAAAGUAUACGUGGAUGGGAAGGUGAUAAAUAAAGCAGGUACCCCAGUGUCUGACAAAGCUGUUGUGGAGAUAAAGGCUGAAGUGCCAAAAUAUGUAUGUAGAGCUGGACAUAAGUUAGAAGCUGCAAUUGAGCAGCUUGGUAUUGAUGUUGUGGGUAAAGUAGCUCUUGAUUCUGGGUUGUCAACUGGAGGAUUUACUGAUUGCUUACUUCAGUAUGGUGCAUCUUUUGUUUAUGGAGUUGACGUAGGUUAUGGGCAGGUAGCUGAAAAAAUUCGUGUAGAUGAGCGAGUUACUGUGAUUGAACGGACAAAUCUAAGAUAUCUUUCAGGACUCCCACAAAAAGUUGACUUGGUGACUUUAGACCUUUCAUUCAUCUCUAUUCUCUUGGUCAUGCCUGCUGUGGUCAAUGUCAUGAAGGAAGAUGCAGCAUUGGUGACGUUGGUUAAACCUCAAUUUGAAGCUCACAGAUCACAAGUAGGAAAAGGGGGAUAGUGAAAGAUCCCACGGUCCACCAAGAGG